CAGACUGUGACAGGGACAGGGAUCGGGAUCAGACAGUGACAGGGACAGGGGAUCGGGAUCAGACUGUGACAGGGACAGGAGUAGGGCUCAGGAUCAGACAAGGACCGGACAGGGCUUUGGAACGAGACUGGGAGAGGCAUCAGGAUCGGUACCGGGUUUGGGAUCAUCAGAUCAGGACAUCAAGACUGGGGCUGCGAUCGUGAUCAGGUCGAGACCAGGACCGGAGUCAGGAUCAGACUGGGACUGGGGCAGGGAUCGGGAUCAGACCGGACCCAAGGCCAGGACCAGGACCGGAGUGUCCCUGCCCCUUUCAAGGGGCGAUGUCCCCGUGCUGCGCCCCCAGCCCCGGCGCCACCCCGAGCCGCAGCUGCCCCUGUACUCUGUCCCGCUGUGCGAGUAGCGGGACCGGGGGGUCUCGUAGGGACUCGCACCUAAGCAGCUCCUGCCGACCAGGAGCACCGGGCCGCGCUGCCACCCGGCACCGGGAGCAAGGGGCGCUCACAGCCCGUGGCCACGGGAGACCCUGCUCAGGCAGUGCCCGGCGCCGCGGGGAUUUCCCAGGCCAAGCCCACAGGAGUCGGGCCCAGAAAUCCCCUUUCCGCCGCGGCCUCCCCUUCUGCCCUCGAGAUUCCCCAGGGACCCUUCGUGCUCCUGAGUGAGUCAGUUCUGGGAAGUGACAUUGCGCCGGGGAAUCCAGAGCACUCGGCUCCCAGUUCUCGCCGCCCUUAUCCCCGGGAGCAGCUGUGACCUGGCGGCGGCCGGUUGUGGCCACCAACCUCCAGCUGGGGCCGAGGUCGUGACCGUGACCGGGAGGCGGCUGCUGCGGUGUGACCUCUCGGGCAUCGUGGCACUGCCAUAAGGGAUCGGGGCACCGAGGGGCGCUGAGGAGCCGCCGUUCGCUGCCCAGCCACCGCAAUGCCAGGAGGAAUCCAGGGAACGUCUCCGGAGCGGGCAGGGAUCCUGGAAAUUCCCUGGGGUUGCUGGGAACUCGUCUGGGGAACUGAAAGGGAGUGCGGGGAGCGUGGUGAUGCCUUGACGUGCUUUGAUAAGCAGUAUAUGUACAAGGGCAGAUGCUGCAACCGUUGUCGGCCAGGGGAAAAGCUGGUCUCUGAGUGCGGUACAACAGAAGACUCUGUCUGUGCCCGCUGUGAGAGCGGGCACUAUCAGCCGAGCUGGACCAAGGAGAAGCACUGUGCUCCUCAUGAUAUCUGUGAAGACAAUGCUGGCCUCAUUGUGAAGAUGCAAGGAAAUGCAACACACAACACGGUGUGCCAGUGCCAGGCUGGCAUGCACUGCUCUGACAUCAGCUGCCAGACCUGUGUGGAGAAUCAGCCUUGCCAGCUUGGCUUUGGCUUUGUGGCAGCCAAGGCCAUGGACGGGAUGUCAUCCCCCUGUGAACCCUGUACAGAAGGCACCUUCUCCAACGUCUCUUCUAAAACCGAGCCGUGCCACCCCUGGACAAGUUGCGAGGAAAAGGGGCUGGUGGUGAAGGUGAAAGGGACAAACUCCUCGGAUGUGAUCUGCGAGUCGAGCAGGCGCUCCUCGCUGUCAGUGCUGAUCCCCAUCACAGCUGCAGUUGUCACAUGCCUCAUGGGUGUCUGCAUCUACUGCCUGGUCCACACAGAUUCCAGGCGACGUGUGCCAAAAGAGAUAGAGGCUGGGGAGCCCGGAGAGAACCCAGAUACCCAGCAGCCCAUGGAGCAGGAUGAGAAUGUCUUGCCUGUGCAGGAGACCCUAUUCAGGGGCCAGCCUGUGGCCCAGGAGGAUGGCAAGGAGAGCCGCAUCUCGGAGCAGGAGAUGCUGUGAAGGCGCAGGGCACUGCCUCCGACAGGAGCACAGACUGGGGACAGCACCAUCUCCUCUGUCCCCUCUCCAGCUGGGGAGGAAAUCUGGCAUCUGGCCUGUCUGCAAAUGAUGUGAUGCUGCAGUGGACCAUGGCAUGACCACCCUACGGGAAUACCACCACAGCUCCUGGUCUGGUCACCUGCACUGGGCUGCCCUGGUGGAGCAAGGCUUGGCUGACUGCAUGGGGACAUGGAACAGACCCCAUCCUGCUUCCUGUGCAGGUGAUGCAAUGAAGCCCAGCGUGGCUGCUCGCCUGCUGAGCCCCUGCAGAGCCCAGUGCAGCCCCUGGCCACAGCAGAGUGUCACUCCUGACAGAAGACCCCACAGAGCUGUCUCCCUGAGUGCUGGAGAAGCCAGGGCUGGGAAAGGGGGCUGCUAGUGUGAAGUCACCACGGCAGAGCUCAUUCCCCCGUCUGGGGCGCUGUGGAAGUGCUGCCCGUGCUGGAGCAGGGCCCGACUGGGAUCCGGACAGGGCAUCCCGGCCCGGCCACGGUCCCUCCGUGCCGCCCGGCGCUGCCGGGCUCCGUGGGACCAACAAAGGCAGGACCGGGGGCCCACGGCUGUGUUCCGGGCCGGAUGGCGGCGGCGGCGGGGCCGGAGCGCAGCCAGCGGUGUACUUUGGCCGGGAGAUGGUGCUGCGGGACCGGC